CCCCGACAUGGCAAAUAUCUAUUUGCGAGUGCAAUUGGUUGACACGGAAAGGAAUCAGAUUCCUUAGAGCACCAAGAGGGAUUGAUGGUGCCGUACAAGGUCUUUUGGAGUGGUCAAAAAGUUACACAUCACUAUUCCUAUAAACAAACUUACCCAACUUUCCUCAAACCAUUACCACUAUAACAAGGAUCAAAUUCACAUUUUCUUGUCAAAAAAUUUUCAUGGAACUCACACCACUCAAGCCUGAGAAUUUGAAGCCACUCAUCCUCAAAGCUGGUGUUCCCUUGGCUGCAUCUUUAGCAGGUUUCAUCUAUGCAUGGAUACUGGCAAAGAAAAACUUGUCUUCUAAGCUGUUUUCUUCACCACAAAAUGAAUGUGAUUCUUCAAAAAUCACUUGUCAUGACAUCCUUUCUUUUGUGGAAGAUGGAGAAUCAUCUACUCCUACAAAUAGCUUGGUGAUCCAUAACAAAAAGCCAUGUUUGGAACGUGAAAUCACUGGCCUCAGAAACCAGAUUGAAGGUCUUCAAAUGAGGGAACUGGCCUUGCGUUUGCAGUUUGAGUUGUACUGUGAAAUGAAGGCACAAGAAUCUCUACUUGUUGAAGUCAGAAACAUGUUGUCGUUGGAGAAUGAUCGUGCUGAGUUUUUGAGCAAAGAGGUUUCUUCCAUAGAGACCGAGACAAUGAGGUUGGAGAGUUUUGUGGUCCAAUACAUGAGUGUUGUUGAACAGAUGCAGUAUUGGAGAUCACAGAAUAGGAUUCUUCAAAGGAAGGUUCAAAGGCUUCUCCGGGACUCAAAGGCCAAGUCUCGUUUGAUAAAGGUGCAGGCUUUGAUGAUCAAAGAGAAAGAAGAAGAACUUUUGAGAAACCAUGAGGAUUUUCAGACAAGGGUAUGCGUGAUUAACAAGUUAGAGGGUGAAAUCAGAGAGCUGCGAAGGAUUUUGGAGCAGUUGGAGGAAGAGAAGAAGGAGGUUGUGAAGAAGCUUGAAACAGCAGAAGCAGAAAAGUUGAACAAGGAAAAGAUACACAGAAAACCAUUGAAAUAUUAUUUGGAGGUUGAAGAUGUGAGUAAGGAAGAGUACAACAAAGUUCUGAAUGAAUUGGAGGAGAUGAAGAAGGAAAGAUCAAGUGAAGUUGAAGAGCUGAUUCAUUUGAGGAGGGUGAAUAGUUGUUUGAGGCAAGAGUUGAUGAGCCACUAUGAAGAACAUCAUGAGGAGGGAGAGAUUGAAGGAGGCUUAAGAUUUGUGCAGUGUGAUUCAGAGCAUGAGUUUCAUCAUCACAAUGAUUCUGCUGAGAGUGAUCAUGCUUCUUCAAAAAGGAAAAAGUUGCUUAAGAGGCUGAAGAGGUGGGUUGAAGGAAGUGAAAAGGUAAGAGUGAAGCCUGAAAUUAUGAAACAAACUUCUGUUUCCUGUGGGUCAAAGAAACCUCAGAUUUCUUCAAAUUCAAGGUUCUGUUCCAGUGCUUGAUGAGUCAAAAUGCCAUGUCAGCUUUUCCCUAGCAGAAACUAAAAUAUAUAAUUAGACCAAGUCAUGAUCAUAAUAGAGCAAAGCUUAGAUACUUUCCAAA